AUGGAUGUCGCCUAUAAUCAACACGCCGACCGCGCUCGCCGCAAGAACCGCUCUUCGUCCAGCCUCAACCAUCUCUCUCUCGCCCCGUUGACGGCCAAGCUCCCCCUCAACGACGACGAGCUCAUCGCCGACGCCAUCGCGUCCCAUCCCCAAUCGCCUGUCCAUCCAAUUCCUUCCUAUAUCCAGGGCAAGUCCGCGCCUACGACCCCGCGCCUCCUCGCCCGCUCGCCCACCACCUCUCGCUCGCGAUCCCAUAACCGAACGCCCUCGGCACCCCUUGCCAAGAGCAAAUCGACUACACAUCUCGCUGCCCCUGCGGUUCGAAAGUCUCUCUCUGGGCGCGUUACCCCUAGCAGGCGUAACAGAGAUGACCCAACGAUUCUAGGCUUUGGCAUGCGACAUCGCAAUGACAGUGACUGGCUGCUCCGAACAGGUGCGCUCAUGAGCUCCGAGGCUCGCGAGUCCAAAGGCCAGGCAUGGCUCAUUUCGCGUCAGAGCUCCACCAGCCUUGCGGGAAUGGAUCCUGAUGAGGAAGCCUUCGAGUUUGAGCUAGCUCGCGAGCGUGACAUGUCUGCUGCUGCGAGCCGCCGCGCCAGUCGCCGUGGCAGCACCGCUCACCUUGACGAAGACGCGUCUCCUUACGCCAGCCGCUUCUCCAGCCGUAACCAUAGUCGCUCACACAGUUUGGCACGUCCCCGAAGCCAACUAUCCCCGCUCGAUCGCCCUGGCACCGGUGACGAAUCCUACUUCCCCAUCCAGGACGAUCAGAACGAGCUGCCCGGUCCUGACUUUAUCAACCUUGACGAGCGGCUUGAGGAGCUUGAGCGCGAUACAGAGCAGGACGAUGAAGCUACUGUCCGGCGUUUGGUCCGGCGCGGCCAGGCUGGUACAGCAACUUGGUUUGGUAGUGUCUGGUCACUCUUCUCCGUGGAGGAGGACGAGGAAGAUUCGGAAGACGAUAGCGAGGAUUCCCCUAUAGAUGGAAAUUCUCAGCUGAGCCGCUCUCGAAGCUCGUCAUCGCGGUAUCUGGCAGGCAUUUCGACUGUCCCGGAAGAACGUAUGCCCCCUCCUGGGGAUAAUGACGGUGGCUGGCGGGAUGCGGCGUGGCUGUUAAGCGUGGCGUCUAAGGUGAUGUUUUAG